CUUUAAAUCGUUGAAUUCAUUUGCCGAUGAAUAUUGUCUCGCAUUGAUAGCGGCGUUGAUGCGGACUCUGCUGUCUUGGAUCGUCGCAGCACUUGUUGUCUAAAAAUAAAAAAUUAAAAUGGCUUUAUUGACACCUCUUUUCGCGUUUCUGUAUCAUUUGCCGCAGGUUUACAAAUGGCUCCUAAAGCCAUACUACAUCGCCUCGUUAUUUAUGUCUGUCGCGUUCCUGCUGGUCCGCAAGACGCCUGGCAUCUGCGAGCAUCUUUCGACGCAGCGCGAGGAUGGAAAUUCAUGCGAUUUCGACUGGAGAGAGGUGGAGAUACUGAUGUUUUUAAGUGCUAUAGUCAUGAUGAAGAACAGAAGAGCAAUUACCAUCGAGCAGCACUUGGGCAACAUCAUCCUCUUUAGUAAAGUGGCCAAUGUGAUCCUGUUCUUCAGACUGGACAUACGCUUGGGGCUUCUCUACUUAACUUUGUGUAUUGUUUUCCUGAUGAUCUGCAAACCUCCGAUCUACAUGGGCCCUGAAUACAUCAAGUACUUCAGUGAUAAAACCAUUGAUGAUGAGUUGGAGAAGGAUAACCGAGUGACCUGGAUUGUGGAGUUUUUUGCUAACUGGGCACCAGAGUGUCAGUCUUUCGCCUCAGUCUAUGCAGAUCUGUCCUUGAAGUACAACUGUGAAGGGCUGAAAUUUGGCAAAGUGGACAUUGGUCGUUACAGUGAAGUAGCCAAAAAAUACAGGGUCAGCACCUCUCCUCUCUCAAAGCAGCUGCCCUCUCUAGUGCUCUUCCAGGGAGGAAAGGAAAUUAUGAGGCGCCCUCAAGUGGACAAAAAGGGACGGGCAGUAUCUUGGACCUUCACAGAGGAAAACAUCAUCCGAGAGUUUAACCUCAACGAGUUGUAUCAGAAGUCAAAGAAGCUUGGGAAGGCCAAAGGAGAGAAGUUCGAGAGGGCCAGCGAAUCUGUGUUCCCCCCUGUGCCUGAAGAGGAAGAACCGGAGGCCGAGACCAUCACCGCGAUGGACACAGAGAGCAAGAAGGACAAAUAGAAAGUGCAUGCUGCUGAAGAGCACUGUGAAUCACUUUGGGACUGGAGCAAAAUGAGCUAAUGUUCAGUAUGCAGAAAAAGCAUUAUAAACCGAAUGAUUGUGUUAUCGUUUCUUUUUUGUAUAACGUAUUAAAUGCAAAAUCAGUCCAAUAAUAUAGUAAAUCCUUAUAUUAAUAUGUAUUUAAAUGUCAUAAUCAUUGAUAUACUGGAUAUAGACGUCCAAACAGCUGUUAUUUGGGACAUUAUUCAAUUUAAUUUAAUCAAGUUAAACCGUUAAAAAUUGGACAUCUACCUCUAAUAUGGUUUAUAAUUGUGAAGUGAUCAUUAGUAAGGGGUUAUUUUGUUGCAUAUGCAUCACAUCGGGGAGCAAACUUUAUAUCAGUUGGUUUUCUGUUGUAUUGUCACUUGUAUUGAGUUUUUUUUUUUUUUACUACUUUUCUGAGAUGGAGCUUGUUUGUGUGACGGUACUGACUUCUAGACUGAAUUCGGUGGUCCGGAAAGAGAGGGUCUUUAAUGCCAACGGUUUAUUUUGAACAUUUACUAAAUCAUUAAGAGCAAGAUCUCAAGAUAAUAUUCUGUAAAA